AUGGAAAAGGGGAAGAAAGCAGGGGUAUCGAAAGAUACCUCUGCCAAUUCAUCAGGUGAUGCCAAUGUGGUGCCAUCAGCGGUACACAAAUUCACCGCAACAUCAUCAGGCCAUCAGUCUGAUAGUCAAUUUACAACAACAAAUGUUAAGAGGAAGCUCAAGCCUAACCUUGUGGAAAGGAACAAUGCUGCUAAGCGCGGAGCGAUGCGACAAGGCGUGCAGCAAAAAAAACAACAAGAGGUGACGUCACAAAGCGAGUCGUCAGACGGUGACAUCGACUACGUCUCCGAAGGUGGAGAGGGGCACUAUAGGUCACCUAAAAAUAAAAAUAAAAAUAGGUUCUCAAGCCUAGCGCCGCCAGAGCAGCCUAAAGAAAGGGAGAUGGAGGUGACUGAAGCCCCCAACGACAACGAAGCCGAUGAAGCGGAGCUGGCACAAGUGCUGCAGGCAAAAAAGCAGCAAAUAGAUGCCUAUGAGGACCAGCUAAAAAAACUGAAGGAAGAGAUGGAGCCCCUUCUCAGUGCACUGAAAGCCAAAAUCGAAGCGCGCCGACAAAAAGAGGCAGCUGAGAAGGAGGAAAAACAGCAACAACAAAAGCCCGCUACCAAAAUCACUGGGGCGGAGCAAAAAAUGAAGGCUUUACCAGCAGGGACAGGCCCAAUGCCUGAGGGCCCAUCCACCUCGAGUAAGGCCAAGCAGCAGCAACAACAAGAGCUACAAGCAAGGCAGCAGCAGCAGCAGAAACACUACAGUUCGAAGAUCCAACGAAAUAACAUGAGCCCCCGAAUUCAAAAUCGCCAGACUAAAGGAUCCCACGACCCGUCAAAUAUUCAGGGAACACCGGUCUCACGAAAUGAGAACAAUCAGCAGCACAGUACAUGGCGACAUCGAACACCUGUGAAAAAUGUUUUCAUUUCAGGUGCUGACAGAAUAGUCGUUCGAAAAGAAGGAAGCAAUAACAACAGUUAA